UGGCAAGCUGGUUCGCGUCGCGGAGCCACAGCAGUGUCACCACCAACUAGUUCUUGUUUCUUUCUUUCUUUUUUGACGUGACAGCGAGAAAAAUGGUGAAGGUUAAGUGCUCCGAACUGAGGACCAAGGACAAGAAGGACCUCACCAAGCAGCUGGAUGAGCUCAAGAAUGAGCUCCUCAGCCUGCGUGUGGCCAAGGUUACCGGUGGAGCGCCCUCGAAGCUCUCCAAGAUCCGCGUUGUGCGCAAGGCCAUCGCCCGCGUGUACAUCGUGAUGCACCAGAAGCAGAAGGAGAACCUGCGUAAGGUGUUCAAGAACAAGAAGUACAAGCCCCUGGAUCUGCGCAGGAAGAAGACCCGCGCCAUCCGCAAGGCCCUGUCCCCCCGGGAUGCCAACCGCAAGACCCUCAAGGAGAUCCGCAAGCGCUCCGUCUUCCCUCAGCGCAAGUUCGCCGUCAAGGCCUAGGAUGGGUCCAGAAUCUGUAUCCCGGUUAACGGAUUACGGAUCCCGGUCCUCUCGUCUGUCUAGUGUGCGUUAAGGGUUCUUCGGUUCCAAGAAGAAGAAAACAAAUAAAACCUUUUUUUUAAAGUGAAA